AUGUGGACGACCAACAAGGUGUUAUGCAAAAGGAACGUGCACGCCGCCCGCGCCGGAGGUGCGCAGGAGCUAGCCAUCGGAGGGACUCCGCGCGCGGAGAUCGCCGAGCUGGGACACUGGGCUCUCAACAAGAUGACGCGUGCGUACAUCACGGCCAUUCCCGUUGGGGUGGUGAUGCGGAAGGCCGGCUACUCGGGACUCAAGCAAGACUACUUCUUGGGGCGCAGCAGGGUCGAGCCCUCCGACAAACUCCUGGACCUGCUCGCCGAGCACAUCUUCCCCGGCGUGGAUGCUAUGCUGCGCGAUGAAAUAUCCAUCCGCAUGGACACCCAGUAUCACAACAUGUCCCUCAAGGAGGCGCUGAAGAAGGAGGUCGAGCGCUCGGCGCUCGAGAAGCUAGGCCUUCAGGAGACGAUCGAGAUGCAAAACGACACCAUUGCGUCGCUCACCGCCGAGCUUGCUCGAGUCACCGAGGCACUCCGUGUGUCAGAAGCCCGGAGGAUGCCGGCGGCGCCGCCGUCGGCGACCGAUCAAGCUCCGGGCGAGGGUGGCUCCGCGGAUUUGGCCAACACGGGGACCGGAGCUAAGAGAGAUGAUGGGAAACCCCCGCCACCCCCCAAGACGGCAGAGGAGGCCAGAUACGAGCUCAACGUGGUGCAACCUUGGCGGGAUUCAAAGACCGUGCGGGACGCUUGGCGCCUCUGGAACUCCGCCACCGCCAAUGACACCCGUCGUCUUUGCGACAGGGUCACCGAGCCGGGGUUCAUCGACUGCCACACCCUCCUCCAAGGCGCGACCCAGGGUGCACUCAAAAUGAGGGUGUGCCGCAUGCUGAAGGCCAUGGAUGCGACGGCACCGACGAUGUCCAAGGAGCCUGGCAUGGGCGUCAAGGGGCUUGCCCCCAAGGUGGUCUCGAAGCUACGCCUCGCCUGUGCGCUGGUGGCGCUCGAGCUGAAGCCGACGACGUGGGUCAACCACCUGUUUCUAGACACCUGGGAGGUGCAGAUGCCGAAGACCGUGGCCGACUUGGCGAAGCAGACCGCACCUGCGCAGCGUCCUCCGUCAAAGCGCAAGAAGUCGGCAUGA